AUGAUGUUUUUAUGUAUGCGGCACUCUUCAAAUGCCGUAUUGUUUUCUGGACUCGGCUGCGUAUGUGUGUGUGUCCGUGUCUGCGCGCUGUGGUUGCGUGCAAAGUUUUUCGGAGCUAUGUGGCUUAGCGAGGCGGUAAGGUCUCUAGUUCAGUUAUCGGACGGCUAUUGGCGCGCGUCGCUAACAAAUACUUGUCUCUGUUUGUUUAAAGAUCGUUUUGAUUUGGCUCCUUAA